AUGUACAAUAUAUGCCUUAGUGGAAACUUGAUGAUUGUUUUCCUAGUUAAGAGAAGCUCUUCUCUUCAUAAACCAAUGUACUUUUUUAUCAGUGAUUUUGCUAUUUUGGAAAUCAUGUUCGUUUCAGUUAUUGUCCCAAAAUUUCUAGAUAUUCUAAUUACAUGUAAACAUGGAAUAUCCUUCAUGGGUUGCUUUGCACAAUUGUAUGCUGGUAAUUCAACUGGUAUAGUAGAAUGCUAUCUCCUGGCUGUUAUGGCUUAUGAUAGACACCUGGCUAUUCACAGUCCCCUGCUUUAUGCCAGCAUUAUGAGUCAACUAAAAGUAAAGCUCGCAAUACUUCCAUGGGUUGCUGGAUUUUUCAUUGCUGGUAUCACCACCAUAUUCACAGCCCAGCUUGAAUUUUGUGGUCCCAAAAAGCUUGAUCACUUUUUUUGCGACAUGGCUCCACUUCAUAAUCUGUCAUGUUCAGAUCCUUUUUUCAGUAAUUUGGUUACGAACAUAGCAGCUAUCUUUGUCAUACUUCUCCCCUUUGCCAGCAUCAUGUGGAUCUACAUUCGUAUCAUCAUAACUGUCGCAAAAAUUAAAAGGACUGAGGGCAAGCACAAAGCAUUUUCAACAUUUCAUAUAGACAAACUGGAACACAUUCUGGCUUAG